AGGCUAUGGAAGAAGAAUGAGUAGCGGGAUUGACGAGUAGAAAUUCAGAGAAUGAAGAAAACUUAACAGAUAAAACACAGAACUUGAAUAAAUACACAAAUAUGUUCCUGGUGAUUCUGUUGAUCAAUUAACGUGUCUGUUGUUAUAAUUAGAAGAACAUGAAGGCUGAAUUGAGACAGCGAUAGACUAAAUUCUCCCAAAAAAAUUCCUACAUCACAACUGAUUGGAGGGUGAAAUGGGAAAUAGUCAAACCUGUGUCGAUUGCAAAACCGAAGUUCCGAAAAAAGUCAAAUGGCUUGAUAAAAUACAUGACGACUGGGGACGAAGAUUAAGUAAAUGGAAAAACAAUGAAAUAUGGAUUAAACUUGGUUCUGACAAAUACUUGUGCUCUCCUUGCUUGAUAAAGCGACAGAAUCAAGAAAGACAAAAGCUACAAGAAGAGCAACAAAGACAGGAAAACGAAAAAAGAAAACAAGAUGAAAAUCAAAGAGAGGCAGAAAAUCAACAAAAAGAAAUGCACAGACGAAAGGAAAUGCAACAGAAACUAAGAAAGGAGGCAGAACGCAGACAAAGGGAGGAGGCAGAACGCAGACAAAGAGAGGAAGCAUUACGCAGACAAAGAGAGGAAGCAGAACGUAGACAAAGGGAAGAAGCAGAACGCAGACAAAGAGAAAAAGCAGAAUGCAAGCGAAGGGAGGAAGCAGAACGCAGACAAAGAGAGGAAGCAGAACGCAGACAGAGAGAGGAGGCAGAACUAAGGCGAAGGGAGAAGGCAGAACGCAGACAAAGAGAGGAAGCAGAACGCAGACAGAGAGUGGAGACAGAACGCAGGCAAAGGGAGGAGGCGGAACGCAGACAAAAAGAGGAAACAGAACGCAGACAAAGAGAGGAGGCAGAACUCAGAAAAAGAGAUGAGGCAGAACGUAGGCAAAGGGAGGAAGCAAAACGCAGACAAAGAGAGGAAGAAGAAUGCAAGCGAAGGGAGGAAGCAGAACGCAGACAAAGAGAGAACGCAGAACGCAGACAAAGAGAGGAGGAAAAACGCAAACAAAGAGAGGAAGCAGAACGCAGACAAAGAGAGAAGGAAGAACGCAUAAAAAUGGAGGAAACAGAACGCAGACAAAGGGAGGAAGCAGAACGCAAACAAAGGGAGGAAGCAGAACGCAGUCAAAGAGAGGAGGCAGAAUGUAGACAAAUGAAGGAAGCAGAAAGCAGACAAAGAGAGAAAUCAGAACGCAGACAGAGAGAGGAGGCAGAACGAAGAAAAAGGGAGGAAGCAGAAUGCAGACAAAGAGAGAAGGCAGAACGCAGACAAAGGGAGGAAGCAGAACGCAAGCGAAGGGAGGAAGCAGAAAGCAAACAAAGAGAAGAGGCAGAGCGCAAACAAAGAGAGGAAACAGAACGCAGACAAAGAGAGGAGGCAGAACGCAAACACAGAGAGGAAACAGAACGUAGACAAAGGGAUGAGGCAAAACUUAGACAAAGGGAGGAAGCAGAACACAGACAAAGGGAGAAGGCAGAACGCAGACAAAGGAAGGAAACAGAACGCAAACAAGUGGAGGAAGCAGAACGCAGACAAAGAGAAGAGACAGAACGCAGACGAAGGGAGGAAGCAGAAUGUGUUGAAAAAGCAAAGGAAUUCUUACUUUACGAGGAACGAUUUUCCGAUUGGCAAAGACGAGAAAACGGAGCAAAGAAUGAAGUAGAAUAUUCACAAAUCCUUCAACGGUUUCCGCCAAAAAGCAUAAUUUCAAAUAUAAAAAAGCUUUCAACUUCUAAAGACAUCUCAAAUUCUAAAAAGGAACCACAGAUUGAUAACCCACAGCAGAAAGAUGAUAGGUGUGUCGUACAAGAGUUGAUUGACACAGGUCAUAUCAAUGAGGACGCGAGUGCAACAAUUAGUAACGUACUUCUGGCAGUUCAGAAAAAAAUUCAAAACUAUGAAAAUCAAAAUAGAUAUCAUAGAAUGAGACAAUCACCAGAUCAUCGUUCAGUUCGGAGGUUUUGCUCCCAAAGGUCAAAUUUUGCUGACAACGAAAAACAAUUUUCCGACUGUAUUUUUGAAAUAUGUUUAGCUGUGAAGUUGACUAAAAGUUAUUGGCCUAGGAAUACCCAGAUUACAUCAUUAUGUUUGUUGGUUAGAGCAAUACAAAAAGGGAUUCUUUUAGAAAUAAAUACUGGUGAAGGGAAAACGUGUAUCAUCGCAAUGUUUUCUGCAUUUCUUGCUUCAUGCGAAAUUAAUAUUGAUAUUGUGUCAAGCUCGCCUAUUUUGGCUCAACGGGAUUUCAUAGAGUGGAAAGAAUUUUACAAAUCAUUAAAGGUUUCAGUCAGCUGUAAUUUAAUUCCAAAGAAAACAGUUGAACGACUUAAAUGUUACUCACAUACGGUCGUUUAUGGGACAGUGGCGUCAUUUGCAUCUGAUUUACUCAGACAAACUUUUUUAAUGGAUAAUGUUCGCGGUGAAAGGAGGUGUGAGGCUGUCAUUGUUGAUGAAGUAGAUUGUAUGCUACUUGAUCAAGGUGUUCAUUUUACAUAUCUUUCGCAUGCUGUACCAGGAAUGCAUCAUAUAGAACCUAUUUUAUUUAUGAUAUGGAAGCAUAUUAUUAAACAUGAGAGGAUUGUUUCAGAAAAAUCUGAGCACUUUUUCCUUGGGGUUUUAGACUCUUUGCCAAUAGUUUUGUCAUCAUAUAUUGAUUUGAGUGAAUUUUAUAUGGAGACAGACAUUCCUCCUGAAAUUCAAUGGUUAUAUCUAUUUAAACAGAAAAACCUUUUCAAUGCUGACUUUAGUACAUAUUUGUUAAAAGGGAAUACCUCGGAACUUCAAGACAUUUUUACGAUUGAGAAGAUUUUAGAAUGUUUGGAAUUCGUUGAAGAAGAAUUCAACCUUCCAAUUAAAUUUCAACCAUAUACCAUAGUUAAUGAGACAACUGUUCGAGCCGUUCAAUGGGGACAUUCAUCACAUGCCACAAAAGAACAAAUAAUUCAUGUUUUGGUUGUUGGGAAAGGCUUAGUAUGUGUACUUCAUCCGUAUGAAGACGAAAAAGAAAUACACAAUUUUAUAAAAGAUGAAGUAAAAAAUUACAUUUCAUUUGAUGGAUGCAAACCAGACAAACAUCAUAUCCCAGCUUAUUUAGAAGAGUACGUACAAAAUCGUCUCAUUUCGUGGAUAGAAAAUGCAUUUACAGCAAAACAUAUGCUCAACGGACGAGAAUAUCUUGUUAAAGAUAAUGAUGUGGUUCCUGUAGAUUUUGAGUCAACGGGAGUUGUUCAACUUGAUACCAAAUGGGGAGACUGUUUGCACCAGUUUUUAGAAAUAAAACAUGGGAAGAAAUUAAGUCAAAUAACUUUAGUAACGAAUUUUAUGUCCAAUCAAGAAUAUUUUCGUCGUUAUAAGGGUAAAAUAUUUGGUGUAUCAGGUACACUUGGUACAGAAAGGGAGAAAUCAUUUCUAAGGAAACAAUUUAGCCUAGGCUGUCAAAAAAUACCAACUCAUCGGUCGAAAGUAUUUGAAGAACUAUCAGGAAUAAUAUGCAACUCAAAACAGGAAUGGAUUAUUGAAAUACAAACUGUUGUGCGAGAUCAAGUAACAAAAACGAAAAACAAAAUGCAAAGGGCAGUUUUAGUCAUAUGUGAAGAUAUAAAUACUGCAAAAGAAUUGCAAGAAAACUUGAAUCAUACUGAUUGUGCUUCCGCAGCACUUUAUACAAGGAAUGAUGAAAAUAAUGAUAAAAUUGACAGCAAAUUAAAAGCAGGAGAUAUUAUUGUUGCAACCAAUAUUGCUGGUCGGGGAACAGAUAUUGAUAUAGAUGAUUCGGUUGAAAAAGCUGGAGGGUUAUUUGUCCUUGUCACGUUUCACCACAAAAUUCACGAAUUGAAAAUCAACUUUUUGGCAGAAGUGCAAGGAAAGGUCAACCGGGUAGCGGACAAAUAGUUCUUAAUAGGCAUAGUUUGCCAUCAUAUUUUUCACUUUAUAACUUAACAUGUAACGAACCAGUUGAAUCUUUCAAACAUUUACGAGACGCAAUAGAAGAAAAACGUAUUUUAGA